AUGCGGUGGUGCCUUGCGUUGCUUGUCUGCUGCUUGUUGGCUGCCGUGAAUGCGCUGAGUAGCUCCGGCAGCCGUCUGUUGGCUGUUCUGGAAGACGCAGACCAGAAAGACCUUUACUCUACACUGUGGGCUGACUUGGAAGCCCGCGGAUACGAUGUCUCGAUUGAAUCCCCCAAAAGUGACCAGCUUGCUCUGUUCAAGCAUGGCGAAAGAGCUUACGACCACCUCUUGAUUCUCCCUCCCAAGUCCAAAGGCCUUGGCCCCUCUCUGACCCCCAAGCACGUUGUCGACUUCAUGAACAAGGAUGGCAACGUUCUCCUCGCCCUCUCCGGAAAAGCCUCUACCUCCAGCGCCGUCAGCUCCCUUCUCCUUGAACUUGACAUCCACCUCGCAAAUGACCGUUCGGCAGUUGUCGUCGACCACUUCAACUACGACACUCUCUCGGCCGCCGAGAAGCAUGACGUCCUUGUCCUCCAACGCCCUAGCCCCGCCCGCUCCGAUGUGAAGGCUUUCUUCGACGGCGAGGGCGUCCUUGCUCUCCCCCGAGUCGCUCCUCAGACUCUGGGCAGCGACAGCGCUCUUCUCGCCCCGAUUCUUGCGGCCCCCGCUACCGCCUACAGCUACAACCCCAAGGAGGGCGUGCCCUCCCCAGAGGACAUUCUGGCUACCGGUUCUCAGCUGAACAUCGUAUCUGCUAUGCAAGCACGCAACUCGGCUCGCUUUACCGUUCUAGGCUCCGUGGAGUCCCUCGAGGACAAGUGGUUCACGGCCUCUGUCAAAACCCCCAGCGGCAAAGAGACCCCCACCGUCAACCGCGAAUUCGCCAAGCAGCUGACUGCUUGGGCUUUCAAGGAGACUGGUGUCUUGAAGGUUGACAAGGUCGAGCACCGCCUGGCCACCGAGGGCUCAGAGCUCAACCCCUCCAUCUACCGCAUCAAGAACGAGACCGUGUACACCAUUGAGGUCUCCGAGUAUGUCCACGACAAGUGGGUUCCAUUUGAAGUCCCCGGCGACGACGAGCUCCAACUUGAGUUCACCAUGCUCUCGCCCUUCCACCGUCUGGGUCUUAAGCCCGUCGGCCGCACCGACACCAGCACUAUUUUCGGUGCCCAGUUCGUGACCCCCGAUCAGCACGGUAUCUUCUCCUUCCGCGUCAACUACAAGCGGCCAUUCUUCACCGCCAUCGAAGAGAAGCACGAGGUUACUGUCCGCCACUUCGCCCACGACGAGUACCCUCGCAGUUGGGUCAUCACCGGCGGAUGGGUUUGGAUCGCCGGUCUCUGGUCCGUGAUUGGAGGAUUCCUGGCGUUCGUGGUCGUCUGGCUGUACUCUGCACCUGUGGCAGAGAAGGUCAAGAAGACCCAGUAG